AUGGCCGACGAUUCUACUCCCCUCGCUUCCCUCUCAGUCACCCAUGUCUACUAUGACCCCGAAGAUCACCUCUCGCUCGUAUGCGCCUACCUCGCUCUCCUCCCCCAAGCGCUCUGCGUCGUCUAUGCUACACUCGUGCUCUUCACCCGCGAGGUCGAAGUUGCCCUCAUGUUCCUGGGUCAACUCGCCUGCGAAGUCCUCAACUUUGCUUUGAAGCGUCUCAUCAAGGAAGAACGACCGCGUCGUAUACAUGGCAAAGGCUAUGGCAUGCCCAGCUCCCACGCCCAGUUUGUUGCUUUCUGGAGCGUCUCCCUUGCGCUGUUCCUGCUCGUGCGUCACAAGCCUCCUCGAGUGCUAAAGGGCCGUGCAGGGAGCGGUGUGCACCGACCAUGGAGUGUCGUCGAAAGGGUGGCAAUGAGUGUGGCUGGCAUGGCCAUUGCGGCGGCGACGGCAUGGAGUAGGGUAUAUCUCAACUAUCACACCCCAAAGCAGGUCGUUAUAGGUUGUGCCGCUGGCGCUGUGAGUGCAACCGGGUGGUUUAUCAUCGUUGCUAUUGUGCGGCAGACGGGCUGGUUGGGUUGGGCCCUGGAGACGCCUUUGGCAAGAGUCUUUCGAGUUCGUGAUUUGGUAGUGGAAGAGGACAUGUGUCAGGCGGGCUGGGAAAAAUGGGAGGAGCGAAGAGUCGCUUCUCAAACUACCAAAAACAGAUAG